AUGCCGUCUAGAUUACCAGAAAAAGAUGUCGAUGAGCGUGCCGCAUUUCUCAGCACCAUGAAGCAGGCUCCCACCCCACCAAAGGAUAAAUGUUUUCUGGUCUACUUCAUAGCAAUGCUUCAUGGCAUUGGCGUACUAAUGCCAUGGAACAUGUUCAUCACUAUAGCACCUCAAUACUAUGUUGAAUACUGGUUCAGUCCGAACAAUACGCAAACGGAUUACGCGAAAAAUUUCAUGAGCUCUCUGGGAAUAGCAUCACAGUUUCCAAAUGUGAUGAUCAAUAUAAUCAACACAUUUGCAGUCAUCGGAGGAGCACUGCUACUUCGAAUCGCCGGUCCGAUAGUUGUAAACUGUGCCAGUGUAUUCGUUACAAUCAUGCUCAUUGUGUUCGUUCUGCCAACUGAGGAAGAUAUGGCUUGGUUCUAUAUCGCCACGUUGGUCAUUGUAGCAGUCCUUAAUUUCUCCAACGGUCUUUAUCAGAACUCGACUUUCGGAUUAUUCGCCGACUUUCCUGCUGCAUACACGAACGCCCUGAUCCUUGGAAAUAACCUUUGUGGAACAUUCACCACAUUGCUUUCGAUACUUGUGACAUUAAUACUUUCUGACGUGCGCACCAUAGCCAUCACUUACUUUUCUAUUUCACUGGUUAUACUCACUUUGUGCGGCCUAUCUUUAAUUAUACUUACGAAACAGGAGUUCUACACUUACCACGUUGAAAAGGGAGCUGCGGCAAGGGUGGAAUCAAACACCUCAAAGCCGGGCUUGAAACAGUUCCGGGAAUGUUUCAGGAUGUGCUGGGUACAACUCUGGAAUGUGUACUUCCUGUUCUUCGUAAGUCUCUGCAUCUUCCCGGCGAUAAUGGCUGCUACACCUCUUUAUAGAGAACCAGGCCAGGGAUGGUACUCGAUUUGGCCAGAACGCCUUUACACUUUCAUUACCACCUUCCUAACGUUCAACGUCUUUGCCACUGUUGGAUCUACAGUUGCCAACUUCGUUCAAUGGCCUCGAGCUCAAUACCUAUGGAUACCAGUUCUAAUCCGAGGCCUGUUUAUUCCUUUCUUCAUGUUCUGUAACUACAGGCCGUUUGACAGAACCCUUCCCGUCAUCUUCAAAUCCGAGUAUAGUUUCCUGCUCGGAGGAAUCCUGAUGGCUUUCACAUCAGGCUACUUCAGUUCUCUGGCCAUGAUGUAUGCUCCCAGAGUGGUUCCGGAAAAAUACGCAAAGAUUGCUGGCAUGACGGCUGCACUGUGCCUGAUCCUAGGUAUUUUCUCAGGUGUCUCAUUCACGUUGGUCGUUGCCUACUUAACGACAUCCUUAUAG